AUGGGUCGGCGCAAGAAGCGUGCGCAGGACCUGUCGCGCCUCUCGCCAUGGCUCAUCUCUACGCAAGAAGCUCGCUGCGACCACAUGCGCCUCCGCCGACAAAAUGCUCAAGCCUCUCGCCACCUCCAAGCAGCUCGUCGCGAUCGCCGUGCUAUCCAGCAUCAGCACCAAGCCCUCCGUCUACACCGUCUACCCGUCGACCAUCAGAGACUGUCCCUUCUGCCAUCGCGCUUGUACUCUCGCCACCAGCGUGGGUAUCGCCGAGACUAUCAUCAUCGCCAGUUCUUCAAGUUUUCCCGCCCCCCACGAGCUACCGAGGCCUCGACUACCAGCUCACGUGCGAAGGCAUCAAGUUUCGCAUGCUCGAUCAGCCCCGUGCUACUCUACUACAGCAUUACAUGCAUCAUAGCUGGCAUCUUCAUAUGCCCAGUGGCAGCUCUUUCGGAUACAAACGACACGAAGCAUAGUCUCAACGUCUUGGGCCUUUUCGCGAACGCAAAUACUGUCAUUCUGAGCUUGCUCGGGAUAGCUGUCUUUGCUGUCAUGUGGAAGCUUGUCGGCGUUGUCCAGAACACUCUUUUUGCAUUGGCCCAGGAAGCUGGGGACUCAGCUACUCGCAAUGGCCACAAGCGCGGCAAGAAUGUUCGAGCAAAGUCAGAUGCUUUCGCAUCGCAGUUGCAGAGGGCUGAUCAAGCGGUGGACGAAGCAAAGGCCUUCCUCACGACUGCGGUGACUCGACCACCCACACCCGCUACGCUGCCAGUUGGUACUCGGCAGGACCAGCAAGACGCUGAGGUGGCCUAUCUUAUGUCCAAACUUCCCGGAGUAUCGCCACAAUCCAAUGAUCACACGAGCAUCGUUUUCGACAAGUAUGGCACACCUGUUUCUAUUCCGGUGGACAACAGCCCCUUGGCCGUCUUCAGGGGUAUUGCACUGCCCGAAGAGCAUGCCAAAGCCGUGAACAAGCCGGUCGAACUUGUGGAGGACGCUGUCAGCAUCAAAGGAGAUCGUGUCAGAAUGGGCGAGAUCGGUUACAUCUCUGGAUUCUUACCAUCGCCGAAGAACGAGAAGGACGGCAAGAAGUACAUUCAGGUCACUAUACCAUCACAUGACCCGCAGACGAUGUGGCUGCCAGUGGACUCACUGAAAGGCAAUCCGAACAGGAAAUGGGGAGAUAUCGGCAUCGAGGCUACAAUUCAAACCAGGAGACCUCGUGCCGAGAAGGACAUGACAUUCGAGGAGGACGACUAUCCGAUUACGGAGCUGGUCAGCCAGCUUUACACCGCGUUCGCCAAGGCUGGACAGGUGAACACCAUGCUUUCAGAUGACAUAUUCCGAGUCCUCAACAAUCGCGACCGGAUCAAGGCGUUUGCACGGAAGCUAGGCAAGGCUGUCGAAUCGGCAGGCAUCUCUGAAGCCUUUGACAAGACAGCUAAGUGGUCGAUCAACGACUUUGAGGAUCGAGGGGUUUGGGUAAACCAGCAGACCCAAGGUACCGGCAUCUACAUGUGGAUAUACAGCGACUUCAAGUCCUUCACUGCCUAUGAUGGCCAAGAGCCACGCAACUACAUCGGCAAGACGCAAGUUCGCUUUGGGAAGCGGUGGAAACAGCAUGUUGACUCCACCCAAGAAGCAGAGCAAGGCAAUGCCCCUGCCGUUCACUACAAAAUUGCAGCUGCGGCCAAGCGCCGAUGGUGUGUGAUGCUAGCCCGGACCGACGACACCUGGACGUCAGAAGAGUAUCUGCUUGCUGAGCAAGCCCUUAUUCUACUUCUCCGCGCCUACCGACCAGAAGCUCUUGCUAUGAAACCAGCGGUCUUGCACAACAAUGGACAGAUCCAGCCUGAACAAAAAGAGAGCAUGAGAAGCCUCAUCAACGGGUUGGACGCUCAGGCUGUGGCUUCUGUUCUUUCAUGUCUAGCGGAUACAGUUUUUGAUGACAUUGGAUGGACCAACACGCUCAAGCAUUCCGGUGGAUGCAACUGGGACAGCCCUCUAGCACGCUGGGACGAAUUCGACGAGGUCCUUUUCGUCAAAGUUGACAGUGGUGACAGAUGGACAUACUUCCGGAGACCGCGUCAAGUUACCAAGGUUGGAAGUAGUGGCAGACAGCUCGCGCAGCUUUGUUACGGCGUGGUGAAAUCAUCGAGAGGCAAGAAUAUGAGCCCGACAUUGGCUUUCAAUGAAUCAUUGGCGCAAGCUGGUCCUGGGAUUGGCGACACUGUCUACAUGUCUGUGGAGAUCAUGAAGCAGGGGCGUCAUGACCAUGCAUUCGGUCGUCUGCCUGACAUCGCUGGCCGAAAGAGCUGGGACGAGGCAAAUCAAGUCGGUGUGCGUUUUGAGUGGAAGAACUCAAAGGGCCAAUGGCUGGCGAAAUAUUGGCAAUCAAGCGCAAUGAUGGACCUGAAGGACGAUGCAUAUCCGGCCAGCCAAACGACGUGGGCACAUGCCAUCGCUCUACGACACAAGCUAGAGCGUAAAUCAUUCGUUCAAGCUCCUUCCUGGUGGCAGGUGAUGAACCCUACCAGGAUUCUACAGGUCGAGUUCGAUAACUUUGAACAAAAGUUCAUCAUCAAGGAACCCGAUCUUGCACGUACGACAGUCGCCUUUCCCGGUGUUGAAUCUGACAAUACAAUCAGGCAGAGGAUGCAGCUGUUGGGUUUGGGAGGAUAUGGAAACACAACGCCGACCAUCUCUCAGGCGAACCAGUUGAAUCUCUCUGAGGCAAAAGGGCAAGGCAGGCGAAGACAAUACUGCGAUACUGCGGAAUGCGACAUUGUUCGCCGGCUGUCUGAAGGCAUUGUCUCCAAUCGAGAGACUGCGGGAAGCGGAGGAAAAUACACCCAACUUUCACCAGGUCAGUGUAGGAUUUGCAAAGCCUUCGGACGCCGCUGCACAUUCACGCUGAACUCUCGCCUCUUCAAUUCGGCAAACUCCACCCAGAUCAUGAGGGCCUUGACUUUUUACCCACCCAUAAGCAUGCCCUUCAAAAUCAACGAUCCCCACUACAACACUGCAAAGGCUGAGUAG